AUGCCAAACUCCACCACAACCAUCACCCUCACCCCAAUCAAUCUCCACGAACCCACCGACUACGCCGCCCUCCAACACCAGCGCACAAUCUGCGGCUGGGACCAAACCGACGAAGCCCUCCUCGCCUGGCGCGCCAAACAAGACGCGGGCCUCAAAUCCUUCUUCUGGAUCGACAUCGUCCCCCCUUCCGUCUGCACCUCCGCCUCUACCUCCACCUCCACCACCAGCAGCGACAAUAGCAACUUCAGCAGCAGCAGCAGCCGCCAGGAUACUGCGGUGGCACCAAUCCACGCAGGCCACAUCUCCCUCGACGCCUACGCCCACCCGCCAGACCCGGACCUGGCCACCGCCGACGGCACCAACCUCACCAUCCAGUCGUUCUUCAUCCUCCCGGCGCACCGGGAGGGCGGGCUGGGCCGGCGCGCGAUGGCGCUGGUCGAGGAGCGGGCGCGCUGCGACCCGCGCUGCCGGUACGUGACCCUCAACGCCGUCAGCAAAGCGUACUACGCGGACCCCGGGCGGCGGCGCUGGAUCGAGCGCAUCCGCGGCGAGGGCGGCCUGCCGGUCGCGGAGUGGUAUGAGAGGAUGGAGUAUGUGCGGUGGAAGACGGAGCCGCGGUAUACGGACUGGACGCCGGAGGGGGAGGAGGUGGUUCUCGAGGCGGAUUUUAUGAGGAAGUUGGUGGUGGGCGUGGGGCUGGGGUAG